CCCGGGCAGCACCGCGCCCGCAGCCGGCUGGGCUCCCUGCCCGUCAGACGCGGCUCCUCCCGGGCUUCGGCUCUGGGCUCCGCGCGGAGGGCGAGGACAUGAGUGCGGCGGCGGCGGCGGCAGCGGCCGAGCGGGGCUGGAAGAGCGAGAAAGUGGACGAGGCGCAGGCCCUGGCGCGGAGCUGCGCCGCCCGCAGACCCGAUUUCCAGCCGUGCGACGGGCUCUCCAUCUGUGCCACGCACAGCCAUGGCAAGUGCUUCAAGCUGCACUGGUGCUGUCACCUAGGAUGGUGUCACUGCAAAUACGUGUACCAGCCCAUGACGCCGGUGGAGCAGCUCCCCAGCACAGAGAUCCCUGCCCAGCCUCGGGAGCCCACAAACACUAUUCAGAUCUCAGUGUCUCUGACUGAACACUUUCUGAAAUUUGCAUCCGUCUUCCAGCCGCCCCUGCCCCCCGAGUCCCCGAGGUACUGUAUGAUCUCAGACCUCUUUAUUGACAACUACCAGGUCAAGUGCAUCAAUGGGAAGAUGUGCUACGUGCAGAAGCCGCCGGCGCCGCCCUCCCGCAGAGCCAGCCCGGAGGAGGGCUCCCCACACCACGCCUUAACCCCAAAGGAGAGCAACACGCUGAAACUGGAUCACUGCUCCUCCCCGUCCAGUUCCGAGGACUCGGGGAUCAACGCCAUCGGGGCUCACUACGUGGAGUCGGGCGACGAGGACACCGAAGAUGGGGCUGAGCUGAGCUCCGAGGAAGACUACAGCCCUGAGAGCAGCUGGGAGCCUGACGAGUGCACCCUCCUGUCGCCGUCGCAGUCCGACCUGGAAGUGAUUGAAACAAUAGAAACCACCGUGUGAGAGCCCAGGCCAGGCGGCCUCUGACCCACGCUGAGCUGUUUUGUACUUUUGUCUGAAGAAUCCUUUUUUUCCAAUGCAGUUGAUAUUUUCUACCCUCCCUGACAACCCUAGCAGCUCCACGUCUGCUGCUUAGCUCCACUCUUAAAGUGGUCUUACAACUCAGACCUGCUUUUUACUAGAAAUGGUUUUCUUUUGUAUCUUGACUUACUUUCUAUGUGGCAUCCGGCGUCAUGAGUUGUGAACCAGCCUCAAUUUCACUGGGAACUUGAGCUCUAUGAAGUAAUGAUCAUGGCAUCUCACGGAUCAGAUUGAGGGGCUUCCCAGAGCGGCGCAGUGUUUUCACGUAGCCCACCCUUCACAGAAAACUCUGGGCCCUCCUUCUGGCGUACUGACAGGCACCCUGUCCUGCGUGUCCCACCUGGAAUCAGCUCCCCUGAGCGGGUGCUGGUAGAUGACACUCACUCCCUUCCUCCCACCACCUGUGCUGGGUCUGGGCCAGGGAGUCCCAGGGUGGGGCCAAUGCUUCUCAGCUGACUUCUGGGAGGUCACUAGAGGCCAGCUCUGCCCCUGGUUAGGACCAAUAUCUGCACAGCCCUCCAUGACCUGGGGCUGAGCUAGACCUUCACUAAGAAGAGAUGACACCUUCAGUUUCAUGCUCUAUCCAGCUUUAGUUGAGCACCUACCCUCUGCAGCUAAGUGCGUAAGGCCUGGUUCUUGACAUGAAGGGCCCACAGUCCAGUAGGGGAGAUGACACAAACAGGUAACAGGACCCAGAAUCGUCUGGAAACCCAGGGGAGGGGAGGUGGGCUAACGGGGGAAGGCGGUGCAGCGUUAGAGCCAGCCUCUUGGGUGGGUUCCCCAACAUUCUCCUCCUUUUCUUAAUUGUUCUUCAGAUCUGGGGAGAAAUUUUAGGAAGUUAUAUAGGUAUUAUAUUUAGGAGGCAGCCACAUCUGAAGUCUUAAGAAAAAAAAAAAGUUUUAGUUAGCAUGGAAAUGCUAAAGAAAGCAGUCCUUUAGGGAUUAGGAAUGAAUCUAAUAGGUUUGGUUAAUUCUGCUUCAUUUGGUUGCAUGAAGCACUAGAAUGGCGCAGGUGAGAAAUGGCUUAGAAUUAAUUCCGUAUGGUGCAUGGGUGUUUAUGCAAGAGCCGCUGAGACAGUUCAGGGCGACGUCAGGAGAAAAUGUUUUGUGUAAUACUCAUUCGCCUUACCACAGCGGUGUUCUUAGUUCUCUCACACACACAUCGCGGGUCAUUUUAAGUUCUUAUUUAGCUCUCUUCAGAAGUCUGUUCCUGAUCUCCAUUAGCAUCGGGUAUUUUCCUGUGGGUUGGUUACCUGCCAUUUCUCCAAAUCUAUCUCUGAGGCAGAGCUAAAAGUCCAGGAAAUUGGAAAUAUGGCCCAGCGAAGCCACAACUACCAACGCUGACGCUAGAGAAAUACCCCUUAUAUCCUUACUGCCCGUGAGCAUGUCCAGGUCAGCGUCCUGUGCCAUGUGAGCAUUUGAGGACGUAACAGGAGACCUGUCGUGCUCUUCCCUGAAGCCUCCAUUGGCGCUCUCCUCAAACCGCCCCAGGAAGAAUCUGCUUUCCUUGCUGUGUGUAUAGUUAGUUUGGUGAUUUAUGAGAACUUUUCCUUAGGUUUAGGUGCCAAAGGCAUCCGUAGGGUUUAAAAGGCAGAGUAUGCAUUUUCCUUUGAAAACAGUGUUAGUUAAAACCUUCUGCGCUGGAUGAGAAUGCAGCAUGGAGUCCCUACUCACCGAAGUUUAAAGGCUCAACAGGUCAACCAGAAGGCCGUUAGAGGAGCCCCCCAGAAUGACAAGGCACGGGAGAGGGCAAGCGGAGGCCGGUGUGGCGGGGGGGCUUUCACCUUCCCCGGUUGGAAGGGUCUCAGUGCGUCCUGAGCUGAAAACUGGUGUGCAAGGGCGUCCGGCUGAGAGGUCAGUCAGCCACGUACUCAGGGUUGUGAUGGCAACACCAAGGUCCUCCCCCCGGGUGGGCAUGCUGAGGGCCUUCUUUCUCUGUACCGUUCCUCACAGCAACCCUACAGGACAAAGUAGAACUACACGUAGGGUUUCCAAGGAGUGCCUGGUGGAUUUGAACUGCUGACCUUUUGAUUAGCAGCCGAGCUCUUAACCAUUUCACCACCAGGGCUCCAGUUUUCUAUUCAUGGCCCAAAUUCUAACCCAUUAAACAAAGAGGAAUCUACCACGGAGGCUCUAAAGCCAUGAAAAUACAUGGUCUCAGGGCCAGGCUUCUCAAACUGGGUGAAGUGUUCAGAUUGAACCCUUUAUCUGUAAUAUCUACGAUUUUUGCCUAGGUUCCUCUUUUUAAAACUCCCGAACUGCCAUUCAGAUUAGCCAAAAUUUUAAUGGGAUUUUUGAAUUUAAUAAUGGUUGAUACCACUUUAAAUAUUUGCACAAUCUCUUUGUAAUUAAAACCUCACUAAGCUUUACUUUCUACUAUAGAUUUUAUAGACUUGGAGAUGUCCACUGGACUCUAAACAUCAAAUGCCCCUGGACCUCCAAGCAGCCUCUCCUGAGUAAGCACAAGCGAGAAUUAGCUUUUGCCCCUUUUACCAUCAGGAAUUCUCUGAAAAUCACAGGUGAUUGAAGCAGAUUGUUUCCUUCCACUUGCAUUCCAGAACAACCGGCAAGGAUAGAAACACACGUAGUUUUGACUUAAAUUCUAGGCCUUUUCUGUUCUAUAUUAUAUGAAAAAAUUUCUCUAUAAUCCUGAUACUAUAACGCUAAUUUGUAUAAACAUAUUUAUAGGCACUUUAGAAAAUGUUUAGACUGCAAUGUGUACUGUAGACAUUGAACACAGGUUAAAUAGCCUUUCGAGUAAUAACUACAUUAAGUGAUAGGAAAGCUUUACCAUUUGGACUUGGUAGUACGCUUACUUGGAGCAGAGGGUUGGGCUGUGUGGGUGGAUAAACUGGAUUUCUUGGGCAUUUGUGGAAACCCCUCACUUGUUGAAAGUUGGUGUAAAAGCUAUUAGGAGAUACAAAAUGAAGGCUUUGUCAAAUUUAGCUUUCUUAUCUAACCGAGACUUAUUUUAGAUUUUGCAGCACUUUCAAAGAUGCUUAUAACCUUUCUGAGAAACAACAAUGCAAUUAAAUGCUUUUGUGGUUGGUAACUAUUUGGUACAUUAAAAAAAAAAAGGCUUUAA